UGUUUCUUUUCUGGAAUAUCACUGGGAUUGAAGAAAUCUAAAGGAAAGCAAAGAAAUGGGAUUGUUUCAUAGAAGAACUGAUAUUCAUUUUUUGUGCUAUCAUUUAUAGCUGCAACAAUGCGGUCUUCAUUUCCGAGAGUUAGCAUCUCGGUACGAUUUCGUCGCUCAAUCUUUUCUUGGCAUGGAUAAUACGACGCUGUGUGAUCUGGAGGCAUAUAAGAUUUGCGCUCUUGUUUAUGAACAUGCGAUCCGCACAUAUAUUAAAUCUAGUGAAUCAUUUUUCUGUGUCGACCCUGCAUUAAUACCCUUACUCAAUAUUGCAAAUGAGCGAAUGCACGUCGACUCGAUUUCUGCACCUUCCUCACUUCAAGACAUCUGCCUUGAAUUUAUCCAAACAGUGAUCAGCUGGGAAGACCUUGAUAGGCGUGAGGACGUUAAGUAUUAUUCGCUUUGUGCACAAGAAAUCCAAUCAUUUACAGCCCGUAUGCUGGAGCAACCGUUAAAAUUGCCAAGAUACUUUUUCGGAAGACAGAAACCUGUUAAUGUCCAGCUCACCGUCGAUCCUGUGUUAAGCGAAAAACAAGCCAUUGUACUUCAAGUAGGGCAGGACUUGGCCAUAAACUUUGAAGGAUUCGUAAAUCUCUCCGGCAAAGAAGACUCGAUUGUAAAGGCUGCCAUUGUAUGCUCAGUAACUGGGGAACAAACAAAGCACUUUAGUGACAAACUAGGAAACGAGAAAAACCUGUCAGAUCCGCAUUUAAACGCAGAGACGAAUUUACUACUACCAUCUACCACAUACUAUGCCAACAUCGUCAAUUCAUACUUUACGUGUAACGGUCUGCUUCAUAUACCGAAACAUAUGUUUGAAGCACCCUUUUCCUUAACCGGAUCCACAAGCACCGCCCCACCCCAUCGAGAAGCAUGGCUCAACAUCUUUGUCAAGCUGAUUGAUUGUAAUUAUAAAGUCUGGGCAACUGGACCGCAUAUAACAGGAAAAAUCGCUUGGUAGUAAUAAUCAUUGACAUUAUUCAUCAUAAGCAUUUCUCAAAAAUAAAGUUACACGUACAUGUUUCCACUAUGCACCAGACCGAACCUCCAAACAGGACAUAUACAAAGUGCAAAUGUUCAUAAUCAACUGCAAGAAGCAAUGCAAAAGUAUUGUACAGUGGCUUCCCACUAAUUUCAUAUUCGUUAACUUUCACCCCUCAAUAAUUUCCAAAA